UUGCAAUAUGCUGUAGGUUUAUGGUUUUUACAAGGGGGCUAAGGGAUUAACUAAAAUCAUAAUAUUCCAGCAAAGUCUGUGCAUUUAUCUUGCUUCAACGAGUGGCUUUAAGGAAGAGGACAGAGGAAUUUAAUUACUGAGUGACUCGGUGGAUUUUUUAUAUUUAUUUGAUUUGGAGAAACCUUUAAGAAAGAUCUUUACUGCAAAGCAACGGUCUUUGGGAUUGCAUUCAGCGUCAUUUUCAAGAACCAAUCGUUCACAUGCGCUUUUGUUUUUGGACUUUUUAGUUGCAAUUAAAUAUAAAACAAAGAUAAUGUAGAUUUAUUUAAAUUGCAUUCUCUGGGAAAAAAUAUACAAAGGGGAAAUUCAUUCAAAAUUGGAUCAGAAGUGGUAUAACUACGCAAGAGAUCACAAUGUAUGUAAUACUAGCCUUCCCGUCGGACCUUGACUGGUAGAAGAAACCCAUUUGUGCGAGAAUAGUUGAGCUUCCGAAUGUGAACGUUUUUCUCUAUCUAUGGAGUAACUUUAAGGGGGGGAAGUAAAAGACUCUUUCCCUUGCCUGUGGCACCACCAGGCAAUUUUUAAAUCGGUUUCCAGAGAAUGGUAAAUGAUCGAUGGGGAACCAUGAACAGCGUUUCGGAACUCGAAGAUGGACAACGACACAAAUCCCAGACAUUCUGUGAAUGCGUGCCAAGCCCUUCUCAGCUCAAGCACCGCUGGUCAGACUCUGACACAGUCAAAGAGACGCCCCCCAAGGUAAGGAGAAUGAGCUGUAGUUACCUGCUAUGUACAAUCCUGCUUUUCGUGGCCGUGCUACUGGCUGUCACAAUAACGGGGACCAUCCUCUUCAUGAACCACUACCAGGCGCCCCCCGGGCCGGACGGCCCGCCCCUCAUAAGCACCAAUCAGGACGAGAGCAACGCCCUGGUGACGGUGGAGCGGGGCGACGGCUCCCGCAUCAACAUCUUCGUUGACCCGAACUGCCCGGACUACAACAACAACUUCCUGCGCCUGGAGGGCGUGCAGACGUCCCUGCUGCACUCGCUCACCGACCACGACUCCGACCUCAAGUCCGUCAAGGGCCAGGACCACGCCCUGCUGGUCAACCUGGCGGAGGAGGUGGCCAAGCUCUCUGCCCACGCCAGCCAGCUGAGGAUGGACUACGAGUCCCUGCGGCGGGGCCAGGGCAACCUGGGGCAGGACCUCAACACCCUGCAGACGGAGCAGGGCCGUCUCAUCCAGCUGCUGUCGGAGAGCCAGAUCAACAUGGUGAAGGUGGUGAACUCGGUGAGCGACGCCCUCAACUCCAUGCAGAAGGAGAACGGCGGCGUCAAGACCCGGCUGAAGGCCGAUCUCCAGCGGGCCCCGGUCCGUGGGGCGCGGCUCAAAGGCUGUGCCAACGGCUCGAGGCCUCGGGACUGCGGUGAUAUCUACGCGAACGGACAGAGGGAAGACGGGAUCUACUCCAUCUUCCCCACACACUACCCCUCCGGAUUCCAGGUCUUCUGUGACAUGUCUACGGACGGAGGAGGCUGGACGGUCAUCCAGCGCAGGGAGGAUGGAUCAGUCAAUUUCUUCCGCACUUGGGACUCUUACCGUGAGGGGUUUGGGAAGAUCACUGGAGAACACUGGCUGGGUAUGAAGAACAUCCAUGCCCUCACCAUUCAGGCUAACUACGAGCUGCGCAUUGACCUGGAAGACUUUGAGAACAGCACAGCCUUUGCCCAGUAUGGAACCUUUGGCGUGGGCCUAUUCUCUGUGGACCCGGAUGAUGACGGAUACCCACUGACCAUCGCCGACUAUUCAGGCACAGCAGGCGACUCCCUGCUGAAGCACAACGGGAUGAAGUUCACCACGAAGGACCGGGACAGCGACCACUCCGAGAACAACUGUGCCUCCUUCUACCACGGUGCCUGGUGGUACCGCAACUGCCACACCUCCAACCUGAACGGACAGUACCUGAGGGGGCAGCACAGCUCCUACGCCGACGGCAUCGAGUGGUCCUCCUGGACCGGCUGGCAGUACUCGCUCAAGUUCACCGAGAUGAAGAUCCGGCCCACCCGGGAGGAGAACAAGUGA